AUGGAUGCCUUCAAAGCCGAAGACUUGUGCUACCAUGGAGUCGCCGGGGACAUGGCCAACGGGAGUGGUGGCGACGCAAAGCAACCCAAACACACGUCUCCUGAUAGAGCGAGGCAUGACUUUAAAGUCGAGCUCCCAUCUAGUUGUGAUCCUCCAGGUCCGAAUAACCCACCGAAGCAGCUUGUAUGGAUAAUCUUCGGCGCAACAGGCCACAUCGGCCGCUCCCUCACCAGCUGCGCCCUGCGGCACAACGACCUCGUCGUCGCCGUCGGCCAAACCCACGUCAACCCCCCCGCCUCAAUGCAAAACUGGCACCCCAACUGUCUCGGCACCCUCUGUGACGUGCGAUUGCGUGCCACCGUCAAAGCCGUGAUGACCAAAGCCAUGGCUCACUUCGGACGCAUCGACCUGAUUGCGAACUGCAGCGGGACGGCGAUCAUCGGCGCGUGCGAGGACCAGGAUGAGCACGAGAUCCGCAAUCAGAUCGAGACGAAUUUAAUGGGCACGCUGAAUAUACUGCAGCUCAGCCUGCCGAUUUUCCGCGAGCAGGCGCAUGGGCGCUACUUGAUUUUUAGCUCGACGACGGGCGCGCUAGGUGUGCCGGGCUUGGGGCCGUAUUGCGCGAGUAAGUAUGCGGUGGAGGGGCUCAUAGAAGCUCUACUUUAUGAGGUCGAUGCGUUUAAUAUUAAAGCUACUCUUGUGGAGCCGGGGUUGGUCCGAAGGGAUGACCCAGAUCAACCCGAGAGAGAGAAGAUUGUGGGCACAGGUCUCCCAUUAUAUGGGCACUUCCUAAUCAAGCCGGCGAGUAAACCGUAUAGCAGUCCCACCAGCCCUGCGCAGCAUUAUAAGCGCAUGGUGCAGUGGUUGGGAGACAGGCAGCCAACGAGUGUGGUGAAGAGCGCAGAGCUGGUGUGGCAACUGGGACAUUGUAGUUUUCCACCGCUGAGGCUACUUUUGGGGAGCUUUGCGGUUGAGAGUAUUAGAGACAGGCUCAGAUGUGUGAUUGAAGAGGGAGAAGACUGGAGGGAGUUGAAUUGGCCAAGCGAGGAAAGCACUGGUGCAGGCGAUGAGAAGGAUGAGAAGGAAGAGCCGGAAAGGGAUGAGGAGGCCGAUGAGGAUGUUAAAGUAGGGCUGCAUAACUGA